AUGCCACGUACCCCACGCACAGUAUUUACCCAAGAACAGAUCGAUAUUCUCAGACAGAAAUUUGCAGAAGGCAUGAUCAAUCACAAUGAAGUGAGUCUGAUCGAGGCAGCAGCCUCAGAAACAGGCCUUACCACCAAAAUUGUGAUUUUACGGAAAUACUGGGAAGAAUACGGAGUUGGAACAAUUAUAUCAGAUUCAGCAAUGCAACAAGACAUUGACAUGCUUGAGAUCGAUGAACCGUUGCCGGCCGCAGAGUUUAUUACUAUCGAUAAUGAAGUACCAAUCGAACACCUUGAUGAUGAUAAGAAAGCAGCUGAACCACAGCCCACAUAUUUCUUUAAAGUUGGUGCUAGAAAAUGUGGAUAA